AUGGUGCCUCACAACACGCUCGGAUCAUCAUCACUUGAACACAUCCUCAAAACACUCACAACAAACUACCUCGAAAAGAUGAACGCUCACGACGAAAUUCAAAACCUCAACAUCAAUCAACAAAACAUUGAUCGCUUGAAUCGAAGAAUCCAAUUCAAUCUUCUUACUGAAUUCAAGGCUUAUCAAUGGCUGGACGAAUGGAUGCCUGCCUCUGUUCCCGAGAUGCCAACUCCUGACGACAAAGAUCUUCAAACUCAAAUGGGUGAGUGUCUCUUCGGCUACCCUUAUGCUCUCAUCCUCACCUCCAGAGCUACGAACAAGAGAGUCUGGUUCUCUGUUUAUGACAACGGUCAAUACCUUGUUCAAAAAGUUCUUUCGUUUGCCAGCACGACUAACCCUGAGUUCUGGGGUGCUGUGAUGGAUGCUUAUCUUGACUGGAUCAGAAACGGCGAAGCUGAUCUCUGGAACCCUAACAUUUUCUUGGAGAAGAUCAGUCAGUACACUUACUUUGAGUGGUCUGCUACGCCUUGCUUUGAUUUGAGAAAUGAGAACGCCUGGCCACCAGCUGCUCGUGAAUGGGCUGAUUUGUACUUGCAGGAGAUUCUUCAACCUUCUGAUGAGGUCUGCUUUAGUGGCUAUCCUGAAUUUUCUUUUUCUCCUGAGGCUGCCAGAACGUUCUCUCAGACAAACAUCACUUUCAUGAGUCUUGAAUACAUUGAAAUCAGACCUUUCAUGAGAGAGAUGCGCAAAGGUCGCUUCCUCACUCUAGGUCUCCCCGCUGUCUCUCUUGCACAGGCUGCGACUGAACAGAUGAUCCCAGCCCUUCAUCGAUCCGAUGGACUACCUAUACCCGAUGAAAUGGUUCUCUGGACCCAAGACCUCGAUGAAAGGGUCUGCAAUGAGGUAAGUCACGGUAUCCGCCCCUCUCCUGAAUCUCUCGCUGCCUCUCUCGCCCUUCGUAGACUGGGUCACAACAUCAUUUGGCCUGACCAGUUCAACGAGGGUCUUCGUCUCGGACUUGUUCCUCCGCCUGAUGCCUUUCCACCUGCUCUUGAGCCUGUUGUCUACCCACCUGGUGUCCUUCAAGCUGCUCACGACCGCCUUGUUGCUUUCUUCACUCUUAUUGCUUCUCGCAACGCUAAUUGGGAGGCUUUUCACCACAACAGAUCCAUCGCUGCACAGGCUGAAGCUAUGAAAUCCAAUGCUAACUCUUCUUGA